GCCGGCUGCGCCGCUCUCCCGGUCGGCCUCGGUGCUCUGCGAGGGCUCGCGGAACCUGCACCGGCCGCGGAGCCGCCAUGGGCCCGCCGGGCCCGGGCCUCCGCGCCGCACGAGAGCCGGCUUGGAGCUAGGACUGAGGGUGCAAGAUGGCUGAGCAGGACCCCGGGGGCAUUAGCCCCCUUCAGCAGAUGAUGGCCUCUGGCGCUGGCGCUGUGGUCACCUCCCUCUUCAUGACGCCACUGGAUGUGGUGAAGGUCCGCCUGCAGGCGCAGCGCCCUUCGGUGGCCGGAGGGCUGGCGCCUCCCUCGCGACUCUGGAGCCUCUCCUAUGCCAACUGGAAGUGCCUGCUGUACUGCAGUGGUGUCCUGGAGCCGCUGUACUUGUGCCCAAAUGGUGCCCGCUGUGCCACCUGGUUUCAGGAUCCUACCCGCUUCACUGGCACCAUGGAUGCCUUUGUGAAGAUUGUGAGGCAUGAGGGCACCCGGAGGCUGUGGAGCGGCCUCCCAGCCACCCUGGUGAUGACCGUGCCAGCGACCGCCAUCUACUUCACCGCCUAUGACCAGCUCAAGGCCUUCCUGUGUGCCCGAACCCUGACUUCAGACCUCUAUGCGCCCAUGGUGGCCGGCGCACUGGCUCGCUUGGGCACCGUGACUCUGCUCAGCCCCCUUGAGCUGGUGCGGACCAAGCUACAGGCGCGGCACGUGUCUUACCGGGAACUGGGCACCUGUGUGCGCACUGCAGUGGCUCAGGGUGGCUGGCGCUCCCUGUGGCUGGGCUGGGGACCCACAGCCCUUCGAGACGUGCCCUUCUCAGCCUUAUACUGGUUCAACUAUGAGCUCUUGAAGGACUGGCUGAGUGGUCUCCGACCAAAGGACCAGACAUCUGUGGGUAUCAGCUUUGUGGCUGGCGGUGUCUCGGGGAUGGUAGCUGCCACCCUGACUCUCCCCUUCGACGUGGUGAAGACUCAACGCCAGGUGGCACUGGGAGCUCUGGGAGCCAUGCGAGUGUCACCCCGGCACACUGUCUCCACAUGGCUGCUGCUGCGGAAGAUCCAGGCCGAAUCUGGCACCCGGGGCCUCUUUGCAGGCUUCCUUCCCAGGAUCAUCAAGGCCGCCCCAUCCUGUGCCAUCAUGAUCAGCACUUACGAGUUUGGCAAAAGCUUCUUCCAGAGGCUCAACCAGGACCGGCCUCACCACCCCUGAGGACUGUGCAAGAGGCAGCUAGCCAAGUGCCUUUUCUUAGCUCCCGGGGUGGGGUGGGGCAGGGCCUGCUCUCCUGUCCUUCCAUCCCGAGCCCCAGGAUAGGCUGCCCCUCUGGGCCUCCGAGGCCUUUGUCAGUCACAGCCCCUCUCCUAUCCCCAAAGAUUAUCCCUUCCUCUCAC